AUGAAGGGCGGGGUCGUCGACGACUUGAGGGUUAUGUUCACGAGGAAGGAGUCCUCCACCUGCCUCGCCAGGUCAGUGAUGCUCCUCGUGAUCUUCGCGGUCGGCGUGAUCGCCGGCCUCUGGACGGCCACCGGGCCGCGCACCCAGUACACCAGGACCUACAACAGCAUCGUCUUCCCCAGCACCACCACCACCACUGUCUAUGCCGAGGCCGGCGCCGAGGCGGAGGCCGGCUUCGCGGAGUUCGUGGCCCCGACGCGGCUCAUGCACGACAUGACGGACGACCAGCUCUUCUGGCGCGCCUCCAUGGUGCCGGUGGCCGCCGAGUACCCGUUCAAGCGCGUGCCCAAGGUGGCCUUCAUGUUCCUCACCGGCCGCGGCGAGCUGCCGCUCGCGCCGCUCUGGGAGCGCUUCUUCCGCGGCAACGAGGACCGCUUCUCCGUCUACGUCCACGCGCCGCCGGGGAUGACGGUGAACGUCUCCGCCGACUCGCCCUUCUACGGCCGCCAAAUCCCAAGCCAGGAGACGGAGUGGGGAUCGAUAUCGCUGAUGGACGCGGAGCGGCGGCUGCUGGCGAACGCGCUGCUGGACUUCUCCAACGAGCGCUUCGUGCUGCUCUCCGAGAGCUGCAUCCCGUUGCACAGCUUCCGGGCGGUCUACGACUACCUCGUCGGCUCGCGGCAAAGCUUCGUGGAGGUCUACUACCAGCAGACGAAGCAGUGCCAGGGCCGGUACAGCCGCCGCAUGGCGCCGGCGAUCAGGCUGGCGCAGUGGAGGAAGGGCUCGCAGUGGUUCGAGCUCAGCCGCGACCUGGCCGUCAGCGUGCUCGCCGACACCAAGUACUACCCGCUCUUCCGGCGGCACUGCCGGCCGACGUGCUACCCGGACGAGCACUACCUCCCGACCACGGUGAACAUGCUGCACGGCGCGCGGAACGCCAACCGCACGGUGACGUACGUGGACUGGAGCAAGGGCGGCGCGCACCCGGCCAAGUACACGGCCGAGAACGUGACGGCGGCGGCGAUCCAGGGCAUCAGGAGGAGGAGGUGGAGGAGCGACAGGCCCUGCUAUUACAACCAGAGGCCGACGUCCAUGUGCUUCCUGUUCGCCAGGAAGUUCGCGCCCGACACGCUCGGGCCCCUGCUCAACAUGUCGUCGGCGGUCAUGGGGUACUAG